AUGCCGGCAAGACCGCCUCUGCAGUCCCGGCUUGCUGCCUCUCUCCCAGUUGGCAUAAGUCUAAGGUCAUAUCAUGCUUCGUCAACCCCUAGCUCAACAACCACGCUCUUUGCUUCAUUGCCUGGCGAGCUGGAAGAGGCAACCUUGUGCGAAUCACAUUUCCUUGCGGUAGCUUCGCCUCAACAUGAUGACAGCAGGGAAGUUCUGGUCUACGCCGUGGAAAUUUUGAUCUUUACAAGCCCGAGCUUGACCACUCUGUUCGUGUCCAAAGCCGAUUCCUCCGGCUUCUCCUCCCGCCUCAACGCGCCAAAAGGGUCCCCUUCUAUCGUCGGUUCUGUCAUCGCGACCUUCGUAGAGUUCCUACUUGAGCCUAGGCUAAACCAGUCGAGGGUGGUCUUGUCCCUUUUUGCCCGGUCACAGAACCAAUACCUCUUCCCCGGGAGCAUUGAGAAUGUGGGCAAGCACGUCCUUGACGAUCGGCAGCUCAUCAAAUGGUGGUGCCGGGUGAUGGACAAUGUCCUACGACGACGUAACGAUGGCCUGUCACUACCCUGCCGCGCUACCGCUCAUCUCUUAGUCCCGGGCUGUGACAGAGCAGAGACGAAAGCGUUAUUUCCACCAUCCAGCCACCUGGACUCGCCGUCCGCCCCAAACUGGAUCAAUUCUUACCCAGCCGAACUCUUGGUUGCAGACACCUCAAAGCCUCCAAGGCACCUGAUUCCUCGUUUGCCCGACGACCCCAAAUCAAGAUUCCUUGACGACUUGGAUGGGGAAUUUGUCGACGAGCGUGGACAAUGGCGGAGUGUGAAAACUCUGGAUCAGUUUUGGGAAAUGAUGUCGUAUAGACAAGAAUGCUCCGCUGGAAGAUUGGUUGGUUUUCUGUGGCUGGUUUUCCCAUCCAGUCAAUCUGCUCACGCACCUCUGAACCUGCUGGAAGAGACCGGAAAGAUGCGUGAUUCGGUCAAAUUGUCUACUCAGACGAAUCAAUCUACGCCUAGGAGUGUUCAGGUGCUUGAAUACGAUAGCUUGAACUCUGGGGUGCAGCCUGACGGGGGUUCCCGGUCAAUCGAGGCGCCCAAGCCACCGCGGGCGUCUUCGCCCCGUAGCGGGUCUCAAACAGAUCCUACCACAGUUGCUCGGUUGGGGAACGAAGCCGGCAAGGGUUCGCUGACCACCGCUGUAGCAUCGGCAGAACAACCGAUGCCUACAAUAAGCAUUGAAUCUACCAAGGGCACGCAGGGCCAGAUAGUGCUUGACGCUGAUCAGUACCAGUCUUUAUUAGACUGGCUGUUGCAAAGCGACUUUGCAGGAGAGGAGCUCGCUGCGGAAAGUACCAAAGGAUGGGUCCAGAAAGCCUUGGAGUUGUCAGGCGGCGCAGUAUUUGGACAGCCCAUAAAUGGCGAGCGGCCUUUGACCCUGCCCAAAGCGCAUGAGCCGGCUGCCGCGCAGCACGUCAACGUCCUGACCGGAGUGCGCAAGAAGAGGAAAGCAGACAGCAUGAUGGAGGCAAGGCCAGCAUUCUCCGAGGGUGGGCCAACAUCUCGCCAGGCAUCGGUGAACACACUACCUACCAGCCUCGUCAGGAAGAAAGCCAAGGGUUGA